AUGGGGGUGUCAUGCUGUGAGGAGCAACUACAAGCUGGUGGUGUCACGUUCAAGAGGCAGAACUACAAGUGGGGUUUUCACUGUGUCAAGAGGGGCAAACUACAAGUGGGGUUCACUGUGUCAAGAGGCAGCAACUACAAGCUUUGGGGGUGUCACGCUGUCAAGGGCGAAAAUCAAGCGGUGGGGUCAAUGUGUCAAGAGGCAGAACUCAAGCUGCCCAGAGUGUUAACAUUAACUAGUGGUCUUCUGGUUGGACAUCUUGCAAGCGAUUAUCUAAGUGUCGUAGCUAAAGUGCCAUCUCUAGAAACAUUGGUGGAUGAAGCUGACAGACUUUAUGAACUGAUGCAGUAUGAAGAUAUCUACACCCUCCUUCAUUCUUACAAGGGUAUAAAAAAUGAUGAGAUUCUUUGGAGACUGGGUCGUGCAACAUAUGAAAAAGCAAAAGCUGCCAAAACAGAUAAUGAGAAGAAAGUGCUUUAUCGCGAGGCUUUGGACUAUGUAGAAGAAGCUUUGACACUCAAUCAGGAGAAUUUUGCAGUGCACAAGUGGAUGUCCAUUCUACUUGACUAUGUGUAUGGAUAUGAAGGAACAAAGGCCAGAAUAUCCCAGUCUUACAAUGUGAAGAAUCAUAUGAUGAAAGCUUGCGAGUUGAAUCCAACAGAUGGGACAUCUUGGUACUUACUUGGAUACUGGUACUAUAGUGUUGCUGGUAUUCCAUGGUAUCAGCGAAAGAUUGCUUCAGUAGUGUUUACUACACCUCCAGCAGGCACUUAUGAAGAGGCACUGGAGCAGUUUCUUCAUGCAGAGCAAGUGGAACCCAAUUUUUACAGUAAGAACUUACUCAUGAUUGGAAAGUGUUAUCAGAUGCUUGGGAAAAAAGAAGAAGCUAAAGAAUAUUUCCUACGUGCUACAAACUACACAGUGAAGACUCAAGAUGAUGAAGAGGCAGUAACAGAAGCAACUAGUCUUCUCCAUGGGCUCUGAUAUUACAUUGUAUAUGGUAGUUAAAUUUUAAGUCAGCAUUGACUUUUGUAAUUAUAUUGAAAAAUUAUAUAAAUAUCUUUGAUUGUAGUUCUAUGCUUGUCUGUUUUAUGAAGGAGGGAGUGAGUGAAUCGGUGAAUCAUGCUGAUGCCUAUGCUUCUCUUGCCAUAUUCCUCCCACAUCAAUAAGGGGGUGAAGAGCAUGUGUGAGAUACAGAAGAAAUGGUGAAAGGAUGAGAGGGAGGAAAUGGGAGAGUGAGAUGAGGUUAAGAAAUAGGAGAGGAAAUAUAAGAGUGAGAAGAAAAGAGAGAAAGACUUACCUGAGUACCAUACAUUUCCUUGAUUUCAUGUAAUAAUAAAAUUAACGAAAAUAUACAUGAAGUAUUAUGGUUCAGAAAUGCAUCUCGGAUUUAAUAUUGGUGUCUGUGCUCAAAGGGGUUUCAAAUUCUAAGAAUAUGAGUACUGUGUACGAAAGGUAUAUAAUACCGACAAGAUGAGAGUAUGACACAUGUGCAACAUCUGGGUAUCUUUAUUGUAGACGUUUCGCCAUCCAGUGGCUUUAUCAAUACAAAUUCCAGGACAUAACUUGAAGACAGUAGAACUAUGUACAGAAGAUGAGGUAAUCAGUCCCUCAACCUAGGAGUAGGUGCGAACAGCACCAUAGUCGUGGAGAUUCUGAAGCAGAAGAAAGAAUCCUGGCGCUUAUAUAGUAACGUCAGGUGAAGCAGACGAGGGCA